AGGGCGGGAUGAUUGGAUUGCAUCGCGUGCGUGAAGCCUUGGCCUGCGCGAGCAUGAGUUUUGAAGCUCCUCGAGCUCUCUCGUGAUCGAUUUCUUUUCCGUCUCUCUUGAUGCCUUCUGCAUAGCUUAGCUUUCCCAUUGAAAAGCCGGCAAACAUGCCUCUCCUCGACGUCUACCGCGCAGUGCGCGACCACACGCGCGACCAGCGCAAUUCGCUGCAGGCGAAUAAUAAGAGUCUCGUUUGGCGGUUGACGGAGGUUUUUGCAAGGACAUGGGAUCUGGGAUUCACUGCAUUUGGCGGGCCACCGGUCCAUUUUCAAAUCCUGCACCGGCGGUUCGUAGAAGGCGUAGGCGGGAGGAAUAGAUGGAUUGAUGAGCAGACCUAUCAAGAAAUCUUCGCAAUAUGCCAGGCACUACCUGGCCCAGCGAGCACGAAAAUGACCUUCUGCAUCGCCAUGAUCCACGCGGGCAUGAUACCCGCUAUCUUCGUCUUCCUGAUCUGGAGCUUACCCGGCGCGAUCGGCAUGUUUGCGUUGUCGCAAGGGGUUGAAAACAUGCCAGACAAGCUCCCUCCAAUUGUGUAUGCGUUGCUAAGUGGGCUGAAUGCUAGCACGGUGGGGAUUAUUGCAUUGGCUGCUGUCCAGCUCGCGGGGAAAGCGAUCACAGACCGCUUGACGAGGAUCUUGGUCAUAUUCGGCGCCUGCGCUGGGCUAUGCUAUACCGCGCUCUGGUUCUUCCCUGUCUUGAUGGUCGUCGGCGGCGUUUCCACCGUGAUAUGGGAUGUCUGGCUCCUGCAAAAGAUUGGCAAGCUGCGCGCGAAAUGGGCCAGGAAGAAGAGAGGCAAUGACGAAGAGAGAAGUACUGAAGAGAACGGGCACACGGGAAGCAUUCCAUUGGAGGAACAAUCACGGGAUCGCCCUGUUGAAGGCGUCCAGCGACGAGCCCAAGCAUCCGCCUCUAAAGAUCGCAUCUCGACUGAGCAAACGGAGCCAGCGUCAACCAGUUCCAUCGGGGAAGCGGGUCGCGACGGGCGACAGAGAACGGACACUGCACCUACCGUUGCAGACACGACGACGCACGGUAUCCCCGUGAAACUGGGUAUCUGCAUCAUCGCCGGAUUCUUCGCGUCCUUCAUCGUUAUCAUGGCUCUCCGCGGCGCCGUCCCCUCGCUCGACCUCCCCUUCGACCUCUUCGCCAACAUGUACCUCGCAGGCACCAUAAUCUUCGGCGGCGGCCCCGUCGUCAUCCCCCUACUGCGUGAAUAUGUCGUGCAGCCCGGUUGGGUCUCCCCUCGCAACUUCCUCAUCGGGCUCGCCAUCAUCCAAGCCUUCCCCGGUCCAAACUUCAACUUCGGCGUCUACCUCGGUGCGCUGGCUCUCGCGCGCACGAGUACGCCUUCCGUGGCCGGCGCGCUGCUGGGAUACAUUGGUAUCUUUGCGCCGGGCAUUAUCCUCGCGGUCGGCGUGCAGUCGCUGUGGCGGGUGCUGCGGACGAAGCCUGCGUUUGUGAGCUUGUUGAGGGGGAUCAAUGCUACGGCUGUCGGGCUAGUGUUCACUGCUGUCUAUAGACUUUGGGAAAUUGGGUAUUUGACGCCUGAGUCGAGUAAUGGGAAGUCGCUGGCCGCAGAACCCUGGUGGGUUGUUGUUGCUGCUGUCACGUAUGCGGAGAGCGCCUGGUUUAGUGUUAGUCCUGCGAUGGCUAUUAUCAUUGGGGCUUUGCUGGGUUUGGCGUGGUAUGGGGCUGUGGGGAGUUGAUGGGGCAAGGGGGUGAUCGAGGGUUCGAGGAUUACCUUUGUGGAACAUGUAGUAAUUGUAGUUGAG